AUGACGGCACUGGAGGGGCAGAAAACCGAGUUUUCAUUUAGUGAAGGUAGACAGAAGGAGUAGAAAUUGGUGUACGGGAAUUAUGCGGAAUUAGUAAAGAAGAUCUCUGUGGAGUGUCGGGUUGCGGUGGAGCACUCGGCGAAUGAGAUUCAGAGGAAGAUGUGGGAGGAGUAUGCCCAGUCGUUUGAUAUCGGGUCUAUUCAAAGGCACAAGCAGUCUCAGAAGUACUGGGUACAGGAUAAGGGUCCCCGGGUAGAAGCUAAUAUAGGCUUUAUCGAGACAUAUCGUGAUCCGGCUGGUGUUCCUGCAGAUUGGGAAGGCUUUGCGGAAAUGGUGAACGAAGAGCGGGCGAGAACCUACGCAGAGCUAGUCGGGCGUGCAGAGGACUUUAUCGCGUGGUUACCCUAG